GAGGAUUUUAACCGUUGUAGGCAUGCAACUUGCUGCUCGCUCGUUAUUCUGAUCUGCUUGACAGUUUUAAAGAAAAUGGGAAACAAUCCUUUUGCUGCUUGUGUUAAACGCGUAGAGGAUGCUGUUCCGUCAAAAUAUAGACACUAUUUAAAGGGAAGGAAAGCGGCUAAAACCGAAGAGAAUUUUCUCACAAAACAUCUAAGAAAUUUUCAACGAUCUUGUAAUGAUGAUAAAGAAUCGAGGACGUUCUUCUUUCAAAAGAGAACACCACCUAAACAAAGACGACCUGAAACUAGAACAUUUAAUAUAGGUCCUUUUUCAUUUAACACCUUACAAACCCCAGAGCCAAAACAAGAAAGGCGUAAAUCAUCCUUUAGUUUGCUCACCCUCCAAAAACCAGAAGAAAAGACUGAACAAAGAAGAUUAUCAAUAGGACCGAUUACCUUACAAAAACCAGAGGCCAAAGAUGAGGCUAGGAGGUUGUCAAUUGGACCUGUAACACUUCUUCAAGUUCCUGACCAGAAGAGUCAACAAAGAAGGCUUAGUAGUGGGUCAAUUACAUCGCAAAGAUCUGAUAGACGACUUAGUAUAGGACCUUUUACCAUGCCUACUAUUGAGUUUUCAGGUUCAAAAUAGCUCUUUUAUAAAAGAAGAAAAUGUUAUCACUUACCUUUUUCUUCUUCAAAUUGCUAUCAUUUGUAAAAGUAAUUCAAAGAAAAAAGAACAAAGAGAGGAAGAAUUUACAAAAUUUCUCCUUUUUGAUUUCUCAAUUAUAUAUUUCUUAUUCAUUUAAUAUUUUUAUAUUUCUAUCUUCGUUCCUCUCUGUUCAAUUUUUAUGAAACGAUUAAAAAAAGGUUUUUAUUUUUUUUAUAUAAAAGUUGAAAACAAAGUUUUAUAAGUCCC